GGGACCGCUGCGUGGCAGAUUGCUGUUGCGAUUGUGGGCGGCGUUGUGCUGAUUGCUGCUGUUGUGCUUGCGGUGAUUGGGCGGCGGCGGCGCGGGGUGUCGCCCCCAGCGGCGCACAAGGCAGCCAAGGAGCGACAGACGGUGGCGUUCACGAACCCGGCAUACGACACGCCAGGCGACAUCACGGCGUGGGGCGCUGACGACACUGGCGAGUACCAGGACUUUGAUGCUGUGCAGGGCGAUGGCAACGACCUGUACGAUGAGCCCGCACUGGCGCAUGGCAAGGGCCGCGUUGUGCACAACCCGCUGUACGACGGCGUUGAUGAGGAUGCGGCGAUGCUUGGCAUGUACGCAGACGCAAGUGUGCUGCGGUCCAGCGGCGGCGGCGGCGGCGAUGAGGAUGACGCUGGCGAGACAUACAUGGCCAUUGGCGAAGAGGGUGCUGUGCUGUUUGGUGACGAGGAGGAGGGUGUGGACGAGGCAGACUAUGCCGACUUGGAGGAGAUAGGGUACCUUGACGUUGGGCCCGAGGCUGAGGGUGAUGGCGCCGGUGGUGAUGAUGCUGACGUGGAGGCGAUGUACGAGGAUAUGGCAGACACGUCUGAUGAGGAGCACGGGUUUGGGUCGGACUAUGACGAGGUGGACGGAGCCCAGGCUGCCGCAGAGGAUUCCGAUGAGUGA